GUGGUUGCAAUGCACGUCAAUAUGUCAAAUACAAUAAUACAUCCCCGAAAAGUAGGUAGGUAGGCAGGUAGUCAAAUAGCGCACUCCCCGACUCAGUCUCCCUGGAUCCCUCCCUCCUUUGGCCAUUAUCGGUUCAUCUCUAAAAGAUUCACAAACGUCCUGACAAAAUGCGAUUCUUCCAACCCCCUGUGACGCCGAUCCCAUUGCAUUUCACACUCACCGGCCAGACCGUUAUCGUCACCGGACCAACAGCGGGGCUCGGCCUCGAAACAUGCCGCCAUCUCAUGGGUCUUGGAUUCCAUGCCAUUAUUCUCGCCUGCCGUGAUGUCGCCAAGGGCUUUCGAACCCGGUCAAGCCUCCUCUUGGAGUAUGCGACCCGGGCAGCCACUUCCCUCAAGAGCAGUACUGGCCCAAGCAGUACGACUACUCACGGAAACGUCGCGUAUACUUUGUGCAGAUGGCCAUCCGGCAGUUCUCGCAACGGUACCCUGAACUUCUGACCAGCGAGCCCGUCAAUCUGGAAAAUAAGCAUUUUAUGACCUGGGUACACUGGCUGCUGCGGGAGACUGAGCGGGAUCAUCCAGAGAUGUACCAUAUGACUCCUGAAGAGCGCGAGAUUGAGAUUGAAAAGGAACGGCCUUUGGCCCCGCCAGGCACCGAGUGGACGUGGGCUCUAUACGACAACCUGCACCGCAUUAUCCGAGGCGAGAUCUCGGUGCUCGACAUUGCGACGGACAACGAGCUAUUGGGCAAAUUCUAUGCCACGCAACUCAUCUACGACAAGUUCACACGCGUCGUGGAGAUCCUUGGUUACAAGCAACCCAACAUGCGCAUCCUGGAGAUCGGGGCGGGCACUGGCUCAGCCACCGAGUUCAUUCUUAGCGCCCUGACAGCCGGGGGAACAAAGCGGUACAGACAGUUCGUCUAUACAGACAUCUCCACAUCGUUUUUCAUCCAUGCCAGCGAGCGGUUUGCCCAGUUCCAGGACAUUGAAUAUCGCGUUUACGACAUGGAUCGGGACCCGGAGGAACAAGGGUAUGAAGCUGGGUCGUUUGACCUCGUCAUAGCGUCCUGUACGGUGCACGUCACGGCAAACAUCACGCACGCGUUGCAGUCCAUUCGAAAGUUGCUCAAGGUGGGUGGAAAGCUGCUGCUCUCCGAGAUCACCGCCGAGUGGCAUGACCAGACCUUUAACAUGGGAAUGCUGCCGGGUUUUUACAAGGGUUAUGACGAAGGCCGAACCCGUCAUCCGUUCUGGAGUCCCGAACAGUGGACCGAAGCUUUCCCCAAGGCGCACUUCCAGACCGAGCUCUCAGUAAAUGACAUCCCACAAGAUCACGGUUUCACUGUGCUCUGUGCCUCUGCGGUUCCCAUAACAUCUCCAGAGAGCCCUGUGCCGCGGGCACCACAGCGGGAGUCGGGCAUUACCCUCGUCCAUCUGGGGAAUCCAGGAGCGAUCGCACAGCACCUAACAAAUCUCGCUUGGGCCGAGGGGCUAGCAGUGCACCAACGAGCUCUGGUCCAGUCCGGGUGCGAAGCAACAGCGGACUGGAUCGGGUCCAAACGGAUCAUCGUCCUAGCCGAGCUGGAGAGGUAUAUCUAGCCCACCGUCACGGAGGCGGAGUGGACUGAGUUCCAGAAGAUGAUGCAAGCCGCUGAGAGCAUUCUGUGGGUGACGCAGGGAGGACUGAUGGCUGGAGAGGACCCCGAGGCUGCCCUAGUCAAUGGCUUUUUCCAGUGUCUCGAUAUUAAUCCCAACAUUCGGGCCGCCUCGAUGGACUUCGAGAAAAGCAACCCGCAGGACCGCGCCAUGGCGCGGGACAUCCUGCACCGCGAACGGAUGCUCCCAUCAGAGACUGACAAGCAGUUCCGCCAGCACCAGGGGAAAUGGGUCAUUCCUCGUCUCGUGCCGGAUCAG